AUGCGAAUUUCAGUUUUUGUGCUUCUUUUACCAACAUGUUUAUCUUCAGUCUGGGCUGAGCACAAUGCGAAAAAUGAAAAGGAAAGACAUGACACCAAAACACAAAAAGUCAAAAAGCCCAAGAUUAAAGAAAAUCAAAGUGUCCUUGUGCUGAACAAAGGCAAUUUUGACAGAGCGUUGAAAGAAAGCACGUUCCUCCUUGUGAACUUCUAUGCCCCCUUGUCUGGGGCUUCACUUGCUUUGCUGACUGAAUUUGAGAAGGCUGCAGAACAACUCAAGAGUGAGAAACAGGUUAAACUCUGCAAGGUUGAUGUCUCAGUGGAAAAAGAUCUUGCAAAAGAAUUUGGAACUCAAGAUUAUCCGGUUCUGAAAUUUUUCAUAAAAGGAGACAGAAAAAGCCCUCUGACUUGUACAGGAGUUAGAACUGCAUCUUCCAUUAUUACCUGGUUAAGGAGAAGGAUCGGUCCAAGUGCUACACGUCUGCUCAAUAUAACUCAUUUUGAAACCUUUAUUGCCUCUGAAGAUGUAGUGGUUGUUGGUUUCUUUAAGGAUCUUAAAGAAAAUAACACUAAAACUUUUUAUGAAACUGCAAAGGAUAUUCCUGAUAUUCCAUUUGGUGUCACAAAUAGUGCAAAGCAUUUUGUUAAAUAUGGCAUCUCUACAGACACAGUAAUUCUGUUCAGAAAGUUUGAAGAAGAACGUUUGGACUUCAAAAUUGCAAAUGGCAGUACACUUGAGAAAGACAAACUUACCAAGUUCAUCAAAGUCAAUGAAUUGCAUUUAGUCACAGAGUAUAACCAAAUGACUUCAAGCAAAAUCUUUGAUGUUGGCAUUGACAGUCACCUUCUGCUAUUCGUAGACAAGACAUCAAAAGAGUUUAAUGAGAUUUAUGAAAACUUUAAAGCUGCUGCUGCUGACCUCCGGGCUCAGAUAAUCUUCAUUUUGGUUGACACUGAUGAAAGUAUGAAUGGCCGCUUGAGAGAGUUUUUCCAGAUUCGGGACAUGGACGUACCUGCUGUUCGCCUGAUUAAUACAACAGACAAUGUCAGAUACAGAAUGCAAGCAGAGCAAAUCACAACUGAAAAUGUGAAAAGUUUCUGCCAGGCUUACCUUAAUGGGAAAGAAAAGCCUCAACAGCACAGUGAAGAUCUUCCAGAAGAUUGGAACAAGAAUCCUGUCAAAGUACUGGUUGGAUCAAACUUUGAUGAAGUUGUAUUCAAUACCUCAAAAGGUGUCUUUGUGCUGUUUUGUGCUCCAUGGUCACAAAGAUGCAAGCAAAUUAAUUUUAUCUGGGAUCAACUGGGGGAGAAAUAUAAGGACUCUGAAAAUAUUGUUAUUGCUAAGGUAGACAUCACUGCAAAUGACAUUGAUUCGGUUAUAAUUGAGGAGUAUCCAAGUUUCAAGUAUUUUCCCCCUGGAUCAGAUAGAAAGAUUAUACACUACACCAGUGCUCAGACUCUCGAAGCAUUUUCUAAAUUUUUGGAAAUACAAGGAAAAUCAAAGAAACAUGAUGAAAAAUCAAAUAUGACAGAUAACUCAGUUGAUGGACCAAAAGAUGAACUUUAGCUUUAUAAAAUGAUGAUUAGUUUCUGUCAAUUGCUCACCAUUGUCUAAUGACAGCUGUCUCAUUUGUUGCCCAUUAUUUGUUUAGAGUAAUAUCAUUACAUUAGAGAUGACUGCUAGUAGUGUCUGCUCAACCUUAAAGUCAUUGC